GGGUUGCCGCCAUUUAUUGCUUCUAUACAUACAUUGUUGGGAGAAAAAGAAUUAGACAACAAUUAACCAUGGCAUCCCGUUUGUUCGUCCUUUGUACUUGUGUGAUCAUUUUCAUGGCUGCCACCAAUACUUGUGUUGUUGAAGCUUCCGUGCUAUUCAAAGUUGGUGGUGGCUUCGGUUGGCAUGAACCUGCAGGCAACAACAAUACUGAUCAAUUUUAUAUCCAAUGGGCUGAAAGGAACAGAUUUCAAGUUGGUGAUGCUCUUGUUUUUGAGUACCAGAAUGACUCAGUUCUAAGUGUGGAGAAAUUGGAUUACAUGAAUUGUGACGCAAGUAACCCCAUCACUGCCUUUGACAAUGGGAAUAGCACUUUUAAUCUUGAUAGGCCAGGGAACUUCUACUUCAUCAGUGGAACCGAUGAUCACUGCAAGAAUGGCCAAAAAAUACUUGUGGAUGUGAUGCAUCCACAUUCUAUCCUUAAAUCUCCACCACCCAUUUCCCUUUCACCUUCCCUUCCACCUGAAGGGUUUCCACCAAUGGCUCCUCCACCUUCUGAUGAUCAAACCUUAGAGGCUUCAUCAGCCUCAGUGCUGCUUACUACUAUUUUUAUGUCUCUUUUCGUCACAUUUGUUAGUGUCAUGCUGUUGGCAUUUUGAAUGUGUUGUUCAGGUUACAAUGGACAACUAGUUAAUUGUUUUUCUUUUGUUUAUUGCUUCUGGAAUCUCAGUUGUUUAGGUUAAUUAGGCCUUACCAUUCCAACUUUCAAUUUUUUUCCCUCUUCUGGUCACUUUAAUUAAUAUCAUUGUUGUUGUUGUUUUUUAUA